AUGCAACCUCCAAAGUACCCUUUAAAAAGUGCGGAUCCGAGCUUUUUCAUGAGCUCUCAUACGGAUUCGGCACUGCCUUCCAACCAUCUCUCCGAGACGGCCGUGGAUGGUGACCAGGAUGACGAGUCCCUGUCUGUGGAAAUGAUGCACCAACUUCGACGUAUUCUCAUAUCAGAUGGUGUGAAAACAAACCGAAAACGUAUCAUGGAAGAGAACAAGGAUGAUAAGUCCCACCCCACUGGAGACAACAUGGAUUUGGUCUGCACUCCGGUUGGCCAUAUCUCUGGUGCCUCAACAGAACCACUCAGUUCACUCAGCUUAGAAAGAGAAUCAAAAGUCAUAGACUCUGAUAACACGCAAGAUAACUGUACAAAUCCUCUUGUGUUACAGAAAUCUCCACCAAACAAGAGAAGGUUGACUGAAUCCGUUUACGCCUCCACUAAUGAAAGCGUUGUUGGGGACAAUACCCACAACCACCCCCACAAUAUUAUUGCUACUUCAUUUCACUCGGCUAACACAACGGAUACCGAUUCAACUGAAAUCACGUCCAUUCCUUCCGAUCCUCUUGCUACUACAGCAACUACUGCAUCGUUAAGCGGUGCUAAUGGUGUUGGACAAACCACAUACUUGGAGAUGGACUUGCCUUUACCAUCUCCGAGCGCAUCGCCUUCCCAAUCUUCCUUUAAUAAUGAAGAAGAAGAGUUAAUUUCAUCCUCGUUUCUUACCAAGGAGAUCUUAUUUCGUCUUCCAACGUCCAAAAGGAAGUUGACGAAUCUGACAUAUGAAUUAGUGAAACUUUUAUCUCAGGACCAAUCCAUCGAGAAGGAUCUGAUUUGGAGAUUACUAUCCAAGUUGGAUCGUGCUAACUUAUCUUCAUUGAACCAUAUAAUGAAUAAGUCAUUGAAACGUGAUUUGCUAAACAACCUUCCAUUAGAGAUAUCUACAAGAAUACUUUCGUUCCUCUCCUAUCGAGACUUGCUAAACGCGUCAUUUGUAUGCCGAAACUGGUCGCAGCUUAUCAAUAACAGGUCGAGUAUUACAUGGAAGAGGCUCCUCAUCAAAGACAGGUUCUUUAAAGACGAGGAUGAGCUGAAUGCUGAACUGAUUAAGGAAAUGAAAAAUCUGAACUUGGACCUAACUCCUCCAGAGCUAGUUUCCGCAAGGGAAUCAAUCAUAGUGACAUUGUAUCGCAACAUUUACAGAAAAUCAUUGGCUUUGAAUCAAAGAUGGUUCAGUCCAGAAUUUCAACCCAGACGUAUUAGUGUCAGCGCGCAUGGUCCGUAUAUAAUAACUUGUCUUCAGUUUGAUGAAGACAAGAUUAUAACUUCCGCUGAGGACAAAACAAUCAAUAUUUAUGAUACGCCCACGGGGAAGCUUCGAUCCACCCUUAAGGGGCAUGAAGGUGGUGUUUGGGCUAUGAAGUAUUACGGUAACACUCUAGUUACCGGCUCUACUGAUAGGACCGUUCGCAUAUGGGACAUAAAAAGGGGAACCUGUACGCAUAUUCUCAGAGGCCAUACUUCUACUGUAAGAUGUUUGGAAAUUCUGGAGCCUACAAAAGUUGGAGUAAACGAUAAAGGAGAACCAAUUGUGUUCCCCACAGAGCCUUUAAUCGUCACAGGUUCCAGAGACCAUACUUUACGUGUGUGGAAGUUACCUCAAUCCAGUUUCUCGUUAGAAGAAACUGAGGAUUUCUCAAUCGAUGCUGAUGACUACGAAACUUUUGACACAGAUGAUUCGGAUUCCAAUCCUUUCCUUGUGGCUGUUUUACGAGGUCAUAUAGCAUCUGUCCGAUCUGUGACUGGACAGGGGAAUAUAGUUAUCAGUGGUUCUUACGACAACACUGCCCGUGUUUGGGACCUACGAACAGGAGAAUGUACUAAGAUUUUGAAGGGACACACUGGCCGUGUAUACAGCGUGGUAUUGGAUAGCAAAAGGAACAGGUGUAUUUCCGGCUCAGUUGACUUUUCGAUAAAAAUUUGGGACCUGGAGACAGGAGAAUGUCUUAAGACCAUGAAUGAACACACCGCUUUAGUGGGAUUGCUUGGUCUAUCAGAUAACGCCCUAGUAUCGGCAGCAGCAGAUACUACUUUGCGUAUUUGGGACCCCGAAACUGGAGAGGCUCGAGGUCAACUUGAGGGUCAUAUUGGUGCAAUAACUUGCUUUCAGCACAACGAUAGAAUGAUACUUAGUGGAGCAGAAAGAAUGUUGAAAGUCUGGAAUACUGAAUCCGGUAAUUUUGUUAGAGAGCUUCUAACUGAUGUAACUGGAGGGGUCUGGCAAGUUCGCUUCAACAGAAGGAGAUGUGUUGCAGCUGUUCAACGAAAAGAUAUGGAAACUGACACUAAGGAAAGUUUCAUUGAGAUUCUGGAUUUUGGGGAGAACUUGUAG